GGACUUUAACACUGAAAAGGAUUUCAUGAAGUUGCGGUGCUUCUCUGUAGAUUAGGACUCCUUAAUUCUUUUCUUUUCGUCCUCGCCAUUUGGAUACACCAGUGUCGCUAUUGUCAUGGCUCAGGAAAAUCUGUCCGUGGUUCUGCACUCUCAGGGAGACCUCAGGCUUGAAACUCGUCCUGUCCCCGAGCCAGGACCUAAUGAGGUUUUGCUCCAGAUGCACUCUGUGGGAAUCUGUGGGUCAGAUGUGCACUACUGGCAGCAUGGCCGAAUCGGGGACUUUGUGCUCAAAAAACCCAUGGUGCUGGGGCAUGAGGCUGCAGGACGAGUGGUGAAGGUUGGAUCAGCAGUCAAGCACCUCAAAGCAGGGGACAGAGUAGCCAUUGAGCCCGGUGUGCCCCGUGAGAUGGACGAGUUCUUCAAAAACGGACGAUAUAACUUGUCUCCCACCAUUUUCUUCUGUGCCACGCCACCUGAUGAUGGAAACUUGUGCCAAUACUACACGCACAACGCCAACUUCUGUUACAAGUUGCCUGAUAAUGUCACGUUUGAGGAGGGAGCUCUCAUUGAACCUCUCUCAGUGGGGAUUCAUGCUUGUCGCCGUGCCGGCGUAACCCUUGGCAGCACUGUGCUGAUCUGUGGUGCAGGACCUAUUGGGUUGGUCUGCUUGCUUGUUGCCAAGGGAAUGGGAGCAUCGCAGGUUGUCAUCACGGAUCUGUCAGCAGAGCGUCUCGCAAUGGCUAAAGACCUGGGUGCUGACUUCCAGCUGACCGUGAAGAGAGCAGAUGAACCCCAGCAGCUCGCCAAGAAAGUCCAGGACUUGCUGGGAGUUCAGCCUCAAAUCACCAUUGAAUGCACUGGUGUGGAGAGCAGCAUCCAAACGGCCAUCUAUGGAACACGUUCAGGAGGUGUUGUGGUUCUGGUGGGCCUCGGUGCUGAGAUGGCCACCGUUCCACUGAUCAAUGCUGCCGUAAGAGAAGUGGACAUCAGAGGAGUUUUCCGCUAUUGCAAUACCUGGCCGAUGGCCAUCGCCAUGUUGGCAUCAGGUAAAGUGAACGUGAAGCCCCUCGUGACUCAUCGCUUCCCCUUGGAGCAGGCGGUUGCGGCCUUUGAGACCACACGUCAAGGUCUUGGGAUAAAGAUCAUGUUAAAGUGUGACAAGAAUGACCAGAACCCCUAAUUUACCCACUGUUGUUAAACCGAUCAUCUGAAAACAACUCAGCAUGACAGGCACAAACUGGACUCUGAACUCUGAAAGAUAACAGAACAAGUUCAGUCACACACACACACACACACACACACACA